AUGCGACGUACUCCACCUGUCACACGCAAUCGAGGAAGCCAACAAGGCUCACCUUCUCAACGAGGAUCACCGUCCUUUCGUGGGUCAUCUCGUGGCUCUCGCGGCCAAGGCAACACUCAAACCAGCGCGGAAUCAGCACCACCGGAAAUGCCAACCAAUCAGCAAGAUGAACGCUCCCCUACCCUCACGCCAGUGAGACCCCACCAAUUAUCGUUUGACAACUUUAUUGGCAAAUCUUUGGAUCCAACUGUACACACCAGAUCCAAUAUCCAUCUACGCUUACAACGUCUUGACAAACUUGCUCCAACUGUCGAGAACUUCACCAGGACAAUGGCAAAAUUGGAUAGCGAUGGAACCAAUUUUCAUACUUGGUUAGAGGAAGCAAAUGCCAAUGUUUAUUUUUUAAUCGGCAAAGCGGACUACCUUAAUCAUCCUUCAAACCCAGCAAAUCAAAUCCAUCCCGAAAUCAAUCACGCUGAGAAUACAAUAGCAUAUUGGGUGAUCUAUUACUCGGUGACGCCAGAAUUAUGA